AUGUGCCAUUUGUCAGAUUAUCGCGUUGUUCUUGUCGAAACAGUGGGAUAUGAGAAGCAACUGACUAAAGAAUCAAUUACGGAUCAUAACAAGUUCACUGAAUCGAAAAUUGAUGCAUGGAUUACCAAGAAACACUUGAAACCUCGUUUUGUGGAAAACAAAGAAUUAUCCCUAAAUUUCUGGUGUUUAAAUCCAUCUGUAGUGUUUUCACAGUUAGCAUCAAUGGCGCAUUGUGUAAUCCUAAUGAGCGGUACUCUAUCACCAUUGGAUUCACUUGAAGCUGAACUAAAUGUACAAUUUCCAUUACGUUUAGAAGCAAAUCACGUCAUUUCAAAUAGUCGUCUGUUAGUAACAACAUUAUCACACGGUCCAAACGGUACACGACUUUGUGCUACCUAUCAGCACCAGAAUACCUAUACAUUUCAAGAUGAGAUUGGUGCGGUUGUUGUCAAUGCGUGUCGUUUAGUACCUGGUGGUGUAUUGUGUUUUCUACCAUCCUAUAGUCUAUUGGAUAAGCUAAUACAAAGAUGGGAGGUGAAAAGUUAAUGCUUUUUGUUUUACUAAUUCUAUAGUAGUCAUAAAUUUGAUUCUUGUCUAUCCAUUCAUCAUUUUUGCAAUGAAAUAAACUUAUCUCUUACUGAUUACACUGCAAUCACAAUUCCCAAUAAAUAGUUCUUAGGCUAUUUAUGUAAGUUAGAUCACCAAGCGAAUAUCAUACCC